AUGGACAAUUGGUUUUUUCCACGCUUUGACUAUUAUGGAGCUAGACCUAACUAUCAUAACAGACCACCCUUCCACCGUCAUCAUCAGCCCCAUAAUCACAACAAUCGCCAGAGCAAUAAAUAUAGACCCAACAGACACAUUUUCAACCACCGACAAGACUUCAACCACCGACAAGACUUCAACCACCGACAAGAUUUCAACCACCGACAAGAUUUCAACCACCGACAAGAUUUCAACCAAAGACAUGAGUCCAAUCCUGUGGUGAAACUCUUCUUCCAACUCAUCCAAUGUCUGCAUCAUGCCUCUGUAACUUCUAAACAAGCAAAUGGUCAACCAACUCGUGGAUUUCUUUUUAAAAUUAACGAUCUUAACCGCUUCAUUAAGCCAGCUCUCAGGAAUUCAAAAAUUGCCGCCUCUAUUGACUCCAUCAAUAGAGAGGUCAACCAGGACACCCAAGAAGCUGAAUCUUAUCCCGGAGCCAAAAUUAACCACAUCAUCGAUAUCCUUACAAAGAUUAAUCCAACAUCAAUACCAUCCAAAGUCAUAUUGGCCUCAACAACAAGAAUGAACCAGCCGAUAAUUGGAACAGUUUACAAAGCUGCACUCUUUUACUGUGGAGCUGGAGUUGAAUUAUCUUCAUUUAGGGGAUUCUCUUCUAAGGCUGAAGCUGACCAUGAUGGCGAUCGGUUUGGUGGCGGUGUAGAUACUCUCUUACAUGUAUAUCAGCUGUUAUCUCUGUUAUCUCCAGAACCAGACAUAUUUCUCCGUUGA